CCGAGGCCGCCGCAGAGCUCCCUGCCUCCUCCGGAAAGGCGAGGGCGCAGGCCAACGGCAAGCCCCCCCAGCCGGGCCCCAGACCCUCCUGCUCCUCCUCCUCCUUCUCCUCCUCCUCCUCCUCCUCACCCACCGCCCCCGCCUCGGCCUCGCCCCCGUGCCUCCACAACGCCCAGUCUGCACCGCCAAGAGCUGCGCGCCGCAGCGCGAGCGGAGGAGAGGGGCCGGCGGAGCGCGCAGCGCCCAGGCCCCCGCGCCCGCCCGGCCCAGCCCGCUGCCUGUGCUCCGACCCUGCCGGGGCCAUAGGACUUGGCCAUCUGGCUUUAGAUUCUCUAUAAGGCUGUUUUCUUUUCUCAUUUGCUCAUCUGCCAGGAAAAGAGACUCGCUGUUGGUGCUUCGGCCUCCAGUUCAUUGAGAAAAAAGAGGAAAUACUCCGCGUGCGCUUCUAGAAGGGGGGUCGCCUCCAGCCCCAAAGCCCAAAGUGUUCAUCGGCUGGACGCUUGACUCCGGAUUGUCUCCUCUCCUUUUCUCCCCCUGCCGAUUGCUCUGAAGUUAGACUGAAGAAGAGUUUGGAAGGAAGAGAGGGAAAGUUCGCAUCGGGGCUGGAUUUAUUUGCACAUCGCAGGAAGAACAGAAUCCAACGGAGGGGUUGGUGCAAAGCCGCGAACACGGAAUUCAGAUGUGUUCUAAGCCUGCUGGAGUGACUACACUUCCAAGACCUGAUGGAGGCCAGAGCUCAGAGUGGCAGCGGGUCGCAGCCCUUGCUGCAGGCACCCCGUGACGGUGGCAGGCAGCGAGGGGAGCCCGACCCCAGAGACGCCCUCACCCAGCAGGUACAUGUGUUGUCUCUGGACCAGAUCAGAGCCAUCCGAAACACCAAUGAGUACACAGAGGGGCCGACCGUGGUCCCCAGACCUGGGCUCAAGCCUGCUCCUCGUCCCUCCGCUCAGCACAAACAUGAGAGACUCCACGGUCUGCCCGAGCACCGCCAGCCUCCCAGGCUCCAGCCCUCGCAGGCCCUUGCUUCUGCGCGGGCCCCGCUGUCCAGGUCCAUCAGCACGGUCAGCUCGGGGUCUCGGAGCAGUACCAGGACAAGCACCAGCAGCAGUUCCUCUGAACAGAGGCUGUUAGGCUCAUCCUUCUCCUCCGGGCCUGUUGCUGACGGGAUAAUCCGGGUGCAGCCCAAAUCAGAGCUCAAGCCAGGUGAGCUUAAGCCGCUGAGCAAGGAAGAUUUGGGGCUGCACGCCUACAGGUGUGAGGACUGCGGCAAGUGCAAGUGUAAGGAGUGCACGUACCCGAGGCCUCUGCCGUCAGACUGGAUCUGCGACAAGCAGUGCCUCUGCUCGGCCCAGAACGUGAUUGACUAUGGGACCUGUGUGUGCUGUGUGAAAGGUCUCUUCUAUCACUGUUCUAACGAUGACGAGGACAACUGUGCUGACAACCCGUGUUCCUGUAGCCAGUCUCACUGUUGUACACGUUGGUCGGCCAUGGGGGUCAUGUCCCUCUUUUUGCCUUGUUUAUGGUGUUACCUUCCAGCCAAGGGUUGCCUUAAAUUGUGCCAGGGGUGUUAUGACCGGGUGAACAGGCCUGGAUGCCGCUGUAAAAAUUCAAACACAGUUUGCUGCAAAGUUCCCACUGUCCCACCCAGGAACUUUGAAAAACCGACAUAGCAUCAUUAAUCAGGAAUAUUGCAGUAAGAAGAAUUGUUCCUUUUUUUUUUUUAACACACACAUAUGCAACCGACUAAACAGUUAUAAUCUUGGCACUGUUAAUAGAGGGUUGAGAUAUCCUUUGGUGUUUGCAGUGAAAUGCUUUUUGUCCAUGUGCCAUUUUAACUGAUAUGCUUGUUAGAACUCAGCUAAUGGAGCUCAGUGUGGAGUACAGAUCUUGGCGACUUACGCGUUGCAUUAGCUAAAGCAACAGACACUCCUAAGCAAAGUUUUUGUUUGUGAAUAGUACUUGCAAAAUUUGUAAAUUAGCAAAUGACUCCCCCCAGCCCCCCACUGUUUUCUCCAGAGAUAAUGUGCUAUAUUUUUGUACAUACAAUAAUAUUUGCAACUGUGAAAAACAAGUUGUGCCACACUACGUGGCACAGUCACAAAAUAUUAUACUAAUAUGUUGUACAUUCGGAAGAAUGUGAAUCAAUCAGUAUGUUUUUAGAUUGUAUUUUGCCUUACAGAAAGCCUUUAUUGUAAGACUCUGAUUUCCCUUUGGACUUCAUGUAUAUUGUACAGUUACAGUAAAAUUCAACCUUUAUUUUCUAAUUUUUUCAACAUAUUGUUUAGUGUAAAGAAUAUUUAUUUGAAGUUUUAUUAUUUUAUAAAAAAGAAUAUUUAUUUUAAGAGGCAUCUUACAAAUUUAGCCCCUUUUAUGAGGAUGUGGUAGUUGCUGCAAAUAAGGGGUUACAGAUGCAUAUGUUCAAUAUAAAAUAGAAAAUAUAUUAACGUUUGAAAUUAAA